GUCAUAUAAAUAGAUUGUUGUGCCCAAAUUGAAUAUUUUACAUUGUUUAUUUGUGUUAUUUUUCCUGUACUGAAGUAAAGGUGAGGUAAGUUAAAUGUGCUUCUCUUUUAACUGCAGUUUGGGAUUAAUGAGGCAAGGCAAGGCAGCCGAAGUGUAUCUCCUCAACUUGAACAUGUCCAUAUCAUCCAGCUCUCUUGUAUGGCCUAAAAUGAAAAAUGAAUGUAACAACAAACAACUAGUCAAGACCCUGGCUGAAAAUGUUGAUUAUAUAUUUACAUCCACACAAGGAUAUUGUCUGUUAUAGAUAAAACCUCUGCUUUUGUAUUUCUUUUGUAAGUUGUGAUUGAUGGAAACUACCUUUUGGUUUAUUUUCUUUAUUUACAAUUUUAACACAUUUAGGAGUUACAUUUUGAAUGCAAUUUGAUGGAAGUAGGAAAGUUGGAUCACCUGAUUUAUGUGCCUUUUUGAAUUGUAUCCACCUUUGACUAUACCUGAAAUGGCACCUUUCAAAACAAAGUGCUUUACAGUAAAAGCAAAGUAUACUAAAAUCCUUAGCAAACUAGUGGUAAACAGUGAUAAUAUAAGUGUAGAUCUUGAAGGUUAAUGAGGCCAUCAGUUGUGUUACAAAUCAUAUUUAUUGCUUAUUAUGUAUUGCUCAUUUAAUGCCCUACCUUACCAUCUCUCCUUGUCUGGUAAUUGUACUUUUUUAAGUUUUCAUAUUGUCUAAAGUUUUGAUUUGUUCUGCAUGCAUAGCCCUGUAUGCAAAGCUUGAAUGAAUGACUAUAUUAUUUGAGUUAAGUGAGUAAGUGGCAAAUACCUGACUGCACUGAGGGGAGACAGAGUUGGGCAUCUUGACUCACCCUGUCCAUAGACGAUCUUUGGUAGACUGUACCCCACCAGCGUCAUCUGAUCCCCUAGCAACCAGCAGUUGUCAAUGUCACCACGAGAGAGCGAGGUACUGUACAGCUUCAACUGUUUCCAUGGCAACACUGACGCAGAUGCUCGGUCAACCCAAACCCAACCAACUCAGAUAUCCAGACCGUCGUUCGGUUUACUGGCUGGAUCAGCUGCCACCAGAGAAGACUGGAUCCACCACCAAAACUGAGUUAACCCCUCGCUGGUUGGAGCUAUGUAGAAAUAAAAAGUUCUACGCUCAAGUCACAAUUUCUCCUGUGUGGGAGGUGAGUGAAUGGGCUCUCAAGGCGGUCCCCUCCAAUCGGCUGUGUAGUCUUGCUCAACCGCGUGCUCCUGCAGUUGGCUGGCAGCCAGAUCGCCUACUGCUUGCUCCUUUGAACAGAGUGACACAGACGGCAGUCGCCACUUCACGAAUUUGCCAGCUUGCCCAACCAAAAAGAAGACUGGUACUAGAGGGUUCUGGCCCCAAAUCUAAACCUGUACCGAUGACCCACAUACCCUGCAAAGCCUCUGCACACAUAGAGCUACUUGCUACCCCUAAGUUCGACCACCCCAAGUUUGAAGGAGAGCGCUCGGUGUGCUGGCCCGUCUCCAGAGCAGCGAGGAACUACGUAGCCAGCCCGAGACUUCAUGAGCUGUCCAGUCCCAAAGAGAGGAAGGCUCUGUUUGAGGGAUACGACCCUUACAUAGUUAGCCGGGCAGCCCGGUCUGCUAGCCCGUCGCCUCGGAUACAACAGCUCUGUCUGCCUCUGCCUCGCAAAUGUAGCUCAAACUAGUAGGGAUGAGGUCAAGUCCCCUGAGAAGUGUUGAUUGUUCUCCUUUUCCUUAUUGUGAUAAAUAUGUUCUAAAAUUGU